UAACUCUGACACCUCAGGGAGACGCAGCACUUCGCUCCCAGCUGCUUGGGUUUUGUAUUAUUAUUUUUAUUAUCAUUAUUUUGGCACCAGAGAUUUUUUUUAUUAUUAUUUUUAAAUUUCUAUCCUGCCAAGUUGUUCCCCUCCCUGGCCGGUCACCAAGCAGCCCAGCACCUGCUUUGACUGCUAAAUCUGAUCACGAUGUUUCUGGUUCUUUCAGCCACCACGGAAUUAAGGGAUUUUUUUGCCAAAGCCCGAAACGGUUCGGUUCGGCUCAUCAAGGUCAUCAUCGAGGACGAACAGCUUGUGCUGGGAGCUCACAAAGAGCUGUCCCGGCGCUGGGACGCUGACUACGAUGCCUUUGUGCUGCCCUUGCUGGACGAGCAGCAGCCAUGCUACGUGCUGUACCGCCUGGACAGCCAGAACGCCCAGGGCUACGAGUGGCUUUUCAUCUCUUGGUCCCCUGACAGCUCCCCGGGCCGGCUGAAGAUGCUGUACGCUGCCACCAGAGCAACAGUGAAGAAGGAGUUUGGCGGGGGGCACAUAAAGGACGAGAUGUUUGGAACGGUGAAGGAGGACGUGUCCCUGGCUGGUUACCAAAAGCACGUGUCCUCCUGCUCUGCCCCGGCCCCGCUGACUGCAGCCGAGCAGGAGCUCCAGCAGAUCCGCAUCAACGAGGUGAAGACGGAGAUCAGUGUGGAGAGCAAGCACCAGACCCUGCAGGGCCUGGCCUUCCCCCUGCAGUUGGAUGCUCAGCAAGCCAUCCAGGCGCUCAAGCAGAAGAAAAUCAACUACAUCCAGCUGAAGCUGGAUCUGGAGCGGGAGACCAUCGACCUGGUGCACACAAGUCCCACGGAGAUCGCCGACCUGCCCAAGAGGAUCCCCCAGGAUUCUGCUCGCUACCAUUUCUUCCUGUACAAGCAUUCGCACGAGGGAGACUAUCUGGAGUCUGUUGUCUUUAUCUACUCCAUGCCCGGGUACAAAUGCAGCAUCAAGGAGCGCAUGCUCUACUCCAGCUGCAAGAGCCGGUUGCUGGACACCGUGGAGCAGGAGUUUUGCCUGGAGAUAGCCAAGAAGAUCGAGAUCGAUGAUGGAGCUGAGCUGACGGCGGAGUUCCUCUAUGAGGAGGUGCACCCCAAGCAGCACGCCUUCAAGCAGGCUUUCGCCAAGCCCAAGGGGCCCGUGGGCAAACGGGGACAGAAGCGGCUGAUCAAGGGGCCGGGGGAGAACGGCGAGGACAGUUAGAUCCCGCAGGACCGGGCGGUGAACGGACAGCAUCCCCGCAGCGCUUCCUGGCUUCCUAUCUGCUGACCUGGGGAUCUUUCCCUCCAUCUCAGCCUAUUUUUCCACCCCCCCCCUCUUUUUCCUACUUCAUUCCUUUUUUAAACAUCAGGAUGGCUUGUUGCACCUGGGGCCUGAGUGGUGGGGAGGGUUCCGGGUUGUCGGUGUUUCUUUUCCCUGCGUCCUUGUGCAAGCCCCAGGGCUGCUGGAGGAGGACGGGAGCAGCAGGGUCGUGUCCCCCAGCCUUGCUCCUGUCCCCCUGGGGUCACAGCCGCUGCUCUCGGUGUCCCCUGGGUGACUGAAGGACGUGCUCGCCUGCAAGCUGCUCUAUGCAAAGGGAAGGGGAUGGUGUUGGGGAUUCCUGUUUGAAAAGAGAAAAUGCUUCUUUCCCUGCUCCCCCAGCCCCCAGAUUUUGCUCCCCUGUCCCGCUCUCAGUGUGCGUGGCCCCUCUGCCCCAGGCCUGGAGCGAUCCCGCACCCCCUCAGGGUGUGGGCAGGACCCCUCCCCACGGGGUGGGCUUUGCUGGCAGGAGUUUGUCCCUGAGGGGAGCCAGGCGGUGGGAGGCGGAAGGUCCUCCCCCAGUCCUGAGCUCAUCCUGGCCCUGAAGAAAGGUCACUCUGCCUUUGGGAAAUGUUUGCAUCCCCUUUUUGAAUCCCCCCAAUAAGGUUUUUCCCCUCAGAGGGAGCUGUUACAGUCCUGACUCAGCCCCAUCCCUUUUUAGGAUGGGAGCUGGGGAGGUGCCGAGCCCUGGUCCCCCCACCUCCACGUGCCCCAGC